AGAAAAACACACAGCCCCCCACACACACAUCCACAUAAUACAGGCAGGUUGUGUUCUGUUGCUCUGCAGGUGCCUGGCAUGGUGAUUGCUCUUUUAAUGCAGUUCCUGUCUCUGCUCAUGUGUAAAAGUGUGUGUGUGUGUGUGUGUGUGUGUGUGUGUAUGUGUGUGUGUGGAUGCCAUAAUACCAUUCACCAGUCAGACAGCACCGGUUGCUCUAACCAUUUGCUAUACCCUCCUUGCCAUUUGCAUCCUUUCAUUUCAAAAACACUUCCUUCAUUUCCUUGUUUUGAAUAUGGCAUCAUUCACUCUUUCUCUCUCACCCUCUUUUCUCUGUAAUUUCCCUUAAGGGGCAGGAUCAUAGACAGAAUGUCAAAAUAGAGGAUGUGACUGUUUUGUAGCUUUUUGCCUUCGGAGGAGGGGGGAGAAGCGAGUUAAUUGCAGCAUUAGCUCAUUACCUGUGUCUUCUCUUUCUCAUUUGCUCCCUAUGCUCUGAGAGUAUGGUCCAGCCCGAUAGAGACUGCAUAACAGAGACGUGUACUAGGACAGAUCUGUCAUCCUUGGACUAAAGUAGCAGCAAAAGGAUAUCAUCUAUAGAAUUCACAAGAUCAUAUUUUAUUUGCCUUAUAUUACUUUUGUAUUUUAUUCAUUGAUUCAUUAUUUCUUAACUGGCAGUUACUCAGUGGAUGAGUAUGGACUUCACUGGAGGGUAAGUGCUGGAAUCGUUAUUGGAUUAAUCCAAGUGGAAUCCAAGUGUUUAAUCAAGGAUCAAGAGUUAUUGCUCUCCUGGAUGGACUUAGACUCCCCUGGAUCUCUUGCUGUGAUCUAGCUGUGGAUAGGACUUUUGUGAGCAGAUCCUUGGUCUGUGGUGCAAGUGUAGGUUUGAGGAGGUGCCUUUGAGACCUCAGAAACAUGCAGCCUGUGUCUAGUCUCAGGGGCAGCGGACAGGGAGAUGGCACUUUUCACGAGCUCAUGCCCAGAUCAGGAAUGAUUACUGGGGGUACAGGAGCAGGAGGAUCAGGUUCUAGUUCUGGGGGCCUUCAGGGCCCUCAGAAACACCCUAAAUUUCCACGAGAGCUCAGUCUGGAGGAGCAGCAGGAACUCAGACGGAAAAUCAACAGCCGUGAGAGAAAGAGAAUGCAAGACCUAAACCUGGCCAUGGAUGCUUUGCGGGAGGUGAUGGUACCAUACUCUUCCUCCCCAACCUCAUCCUUGGGUGCAGGAGGAGGGCUGCAACACCCUUAUCUACCCCUUGGAGCUUCUCCGAACGGCCGCCGUCUUUCCAAGAUCUCGACGCUGGUUUUGGCCCGCAACUACAUCCUGCUCCUUGGCUCCUCCCUCCAGGAGAUGAGGCGGCUGCUAGGUGAGGUCAGUAUUGGGGGGACUGUACCACACCUGCUCCUGACAGGAGGGUGGCCAUUUCUCACUGGUCCAGGACAGCUCUUGCUCAGUUCACCAGAACAGCCACUUGGACUGGCCCAUUGUUCUUCACUGCCACUGAAUGGUGCCCCAGCCCCGGAGGAGUCCACAGCAUGGGGUUCACGAGGGGUGGCAGGGACACCACUAUGCCCCUGCCGAGUGUGUCGGGUACCCAGAGUGGUGCAUGCAACUCCUACAGCUCGCUUCCAGAAAUGAACAACAAAAACUAGUUGCUCAUUUCAAAAAAUUUCAUACAAGCAAGUUACUUAUCCUCCCUUUUUCUUGUUUUCGUAUUGCCUUACUUGACUUCUUUUUUGACUUUUGAAUCUGUGAAAAGUUUUUUUUAAAAUCAUUAUAAAACAAUGUAGUGUGGUUUCCAGUCGAAACAAAUAGAGUAAUAUUAUAACAUUUAUUUAGUUAUUUUUUACAAAAUACACUUGUUUUGGAAAUGAACUAUCAUAGGUCCGAAAUUUGACAGGUAGUUAAAUGUGCAAAGAUGGAAAAUGGCAGCUUUUUGUGGACUUUGAUCAUCCUUAUCAAAGACAAUAAAAGUUUAUGAAGAAAAGGAGAGUGUAUAUAUUUCUGUGUGUAUGUGUGUACUUGUGUA